AAUCAGGAACCUGGAGCCUCAAAGGUACUAUGUGGAGGCAGGCUCUUGGUUCUUCCAGUGUCCAGCUACUCGCUCCACUUUUCAUUUACCAUUCUCUCCCAGUUUCGACUCCUCCCUUUGCCUGGCCUUCCAGAACUCUCGCGACACUUGGAAACUCCGUUUCGCGCCUCCUCAGUUGAGCAGCGCACUUCUCGCGAGGGUGCAGACAGGGCCGGGCCCGACAUGGCGGAAGAUGUUGCCGUUUUCCCUUAAGAACUGGAUUGCUGAAGAGGAGGUCGCCAAGUUGGAGAAGCAUUUGAUGCUUCUCCGACAAGAGUAUGUCAAGCUGCAGAAGAAAUUGGCAGAGACAGAGAAGAGAUGUACUCUUUUGGCCGCACAAGCAAACAAGGAAAAUAGCAGUGAGUCCUUCAUCAGCCGUCUGCUGACAAUUGUGGCCGACCUCUAUGAGCAGGAACAGUAUAGUGAUCUGAAGAUAAAGGUUGGGGGCAGGCACAUCAAUGCUCACAAGUUUGUCCUGGCGGCCCGCAGUGACAGCUGGAGUCUGGCCAAUUUGUCUUCCACCAAGGAGCUGGACCUGUCAGAUGCUAACCCUGAGGUGACAAUGACAAUGCUUCGCUGGAUCUAUACAGAUGAGUUGGAGUUCAAAGAAGAUGAUGUGUUCCUGACUGAAUUGAUGAAACUAGCUAAUCGAUUUCAGCUACAGCUCCUUAGGGAGAGAUGUGAGAAGAGUGUUAUGUCUUUGGUGAAUGUCAGGAACUGUAUUCGCUUCUAUCAGACUGCAGAGGAACUGAAUGCCAGCACCCUGAUGAACUACUGUGCAGAAAUUAUUGCAAGUCAUUGGGAUGACCUACGAAAGGAGGACUUCAGCAGCAUGAGUGCUCAGUUGUUAUACAAAAUGAUCAAAUCUAAGACUGAGUACCCAUUGCAUAAAGCUAUCAAAGUGGAGAGAGAAGAUGUGGUCUUCCUUUAUCUAAUUGAAAUGGAUUCACAGCUCCCUGGGAAGCUGAAUGAAUUGGAUCAUAAUGGAGAUCUUGCUUUAGACCUAGCUCUUUCUCGACGGCUAGAGAGUAUUGCCACCACGCUGGUUAGUCACAAAGCUGACGUGGACAUGGUAGACAAGAAUGGCUGGAGCUUGUUACAUAAAGGAAUCCAAAGAGGCGAUCUCUUCGCUUCCACUUUCCUCAUUAAGAAUGGGGCCCGUGUCAGUGCUGCUACAUUAGGUGCCCAGGAGACACCGUUGCACCUGGUAGCAUUGUACAGUCCAAAGAAACAUUCAGCAGAUAUGAUGUCUGCAAUGGCACAGAUUGCAGAGGCCCUCCUGCAGGCUGGUGCGAACCCCAACAUGCAGGACAGCAAGGGCAGGACUCCUUUACACUUAUCCAUCAUGGCCAGGAAUGAAUACGUGUUCAAUCAGUUGCUGCAGUGUAAACAAUUAGAUUUAGAACUGAAAGACCAUGAAGGCAGCACAGCUCUGUGGCUUGCAGUGCAAUACAUCACUGUGUCAUCAGACCAGUCUGUAAACCCUUUCGAAGACCUUCCUGUGGUAAAUGGGACUUCAUUUGAUGAAAACAGCUUUGCAGCCAGACUCAUUCAGCGUGGCAGCAACACCAAUGCACCUGAUACGAUAACAGGAAAUUGCUUACUACAGCGGGCAGCUGAAGCAGGAAAUGAGGCAGCAGCUCUUUUCCUUGCAACUAAUGGUGCCCACGUCAACCACAGAAACAAGUGGGGAGAAACCCCGUUGCACACAGCCUGUCGGCAUGGCCUGGCCAACCUCACUGCAGAGCUCCUGCAGCAAGGUGCCAACCCAAACCUGCAGACGGAAGAAGCUCUGCCUUUGCCAAAGGAGGCUACAUCCCUGACCAGCUCAGUGGGCAGCGUCUAUAUGCAGACGCCACUGCACAUGGCAAUUGCCUAUAAUCAUCCAGAUGUAGUGUCUGUCAUCCUGGAGCAAAAAGCUAAUGCUCUUCAUGCCACCAACAACUUGCAAAUUAUUCCGGACUUCAGCCUCAAGGAUUCCCGUGAUCAAACUGUGUUGGGCCUGGCAUUAUGGACAGGCAUGCACACAAUCGCAGCCCAGCUGCUGGGCUCUGGGGCUUGCAUCAAUGACACCAUGUCAGAUGGGCAGACCUUGCUGCACAUGGCUAUGCAGCGGCAGGAUAGCAAGAGUGCACUCUUUCUCCUGGAGCACCAGGCGGAUAUAAAUGUAAGCAGGACUCAGGAUGGGGAGACAGCCCUUCAGCUGGCCAUCAGAAAUCAACUUCCGCUUGUAGUAGAUGCCAUAUGCACCCGAGGAGCUGACAUGUCCGUGCCGGAUGAGAAAGGGAACCCCCCACUGUGGCUUGCGUUGGCAAAUAAUCUGGAGGACAUCGCAUCCACUCUGGUCAGACAUGGUUGUGAUGCCACGUGCUGGGGUCCAGGACCUAGUGGGUGUCUUCAAACACUCCUGCACCGAGCCAUUGAUGAAAACAAUGAGUCCAUCACCUGCUUUCUUAUUCGCAGUGGCUGUGAUGUGAAUAGUCCCAGACAACCUGGUGCUAAUGGAGAAGGUGAGGAAGAGGCCAGAGAUGGGCAGACCCCUUUGCACUUGGCAGCCUCCUGGGGACUGGAAGAGACAGUACAGUGUCUUCUUGAGUUUGGCGCCAAUGUAAACGCGCAGGAUGCAGAAGGAAGAACACCUGUCCAUGUGGCCAUCAGCAACCAACAUAGUGUCAUCAUUCAGUUGUUGAUUUCUCACCCUGAUAUCCACUUGAAUGUACGAGACAGACAAGGGCUGACCCCUUUUGCCUGCGCCAUGACUUACAAGAACAACAAGGCAGCUGAGGCCAUCCUAAAACGAGAGUCUGGGGCUGCUGAGCAGGUGGAUAACAAGGGCCGGAAUUUUCUUCACGUGGCAGUUCAGAACUCUGAUAUUGAAAGUGUUCUGUUCCUGAUCAGUGUCCAGGCUAAUGUCAAUUCCAGAGUUCAGGAUGCUUCCAAGUUGACUCCUUUGCACCUUGCUGUCCAAGCAGGCUCAGAGAUUAUCGUACGCAAUUUGCUUCUUGCAGGAGCCAAAGUGAAUGAAUUAACCAAGCACCGCCAGACUGCCCUCCAUCUCGCUGCCCAGCAGGACCUGCCCACCAUCUGUUCAGUCCUUUUGGAGAAUGGAGUGGACUUUGCUGCUGUGGAUGAGAAUGGAAAUAAUGCUCUGCAUCUCGCAGUCAUGCACGGUCGGCUCAACAACAUCCGGGUCCUCCUGACAGAGUGCACCGUGGACGCCGAAGCCUUUAAUCUACGAGGCCAGUCACCACUGCACAUUUUGGGACAAUAUGGCAAAGAAAAUGCAGCAGCCAUCUUUGAUCUCUUCUUAGAGUGCAUGCCUGAGUAUCCUCUAGAUAAACCAGAUGCAGAAGGAAGCACGGUGCUGCUUUUAGCAUACAUGAAGGGGAAUGCUAACUUGUGCCGAGCCAUCGUCCGAUCUGGGGCUCGCCUUGGGGUGAAUAAUAACCAAGGAGUCAACAUUUUCAACUAUCAGGUUGCCACCAAGCAACUUCUAUUUAGACUGUUAGAUAUGCUGUCCAAGGAGCCUCCAUGGUGUGAUGGCUCCAACUGCUAUGAGUGCACUGCCAAGUUUGGAGUCACAACUCGCAAACAUCACUGUCGUCACUGCGGACGUCUUCUUUGCCAUAAAUGCUCGACCAAGGAGAUUCCCAUUAUAAAGUUUGAUCUGAACAAGCCUGUGCGAGUUUGCAACAUUUGCUUUGAUGUACUGACUUUGGGUGGGGUCUCUUAGCCCCCAGGAAGGUCGAGGUCACCUCCCCAGCAGCUGCUCUGCUCACCAGCCUGACUCCACCCAGAGCAGGAGCUCGCAGUCGUCUUCCUGCGGCAGUAGACUGGAACAAACAAGGACCAUGUUGUGAUAGAUUCCAUUUCAAAUGAUUCUGUAUGAUUGUUGGUGUGUCAGAUUGUGAUUGAAUUCACUAGAUGUCUAAGUAAUCGGACCAGGCCAUUUAACCUAAGUGGCAAAUGUGUAAUAGGAAUUAGACCCAUUCUGCUAGCAACAUAGAAGAACACUUCGAAAACCAUUUUCUCUUCCAGUAGCUUAGUGUUCAUCUCAGAGCAUUCAUGAAAACUUCCUGCCUGGGCAGACUUACUAGGCAAGAGCCUAAUAGUACAAAGCUGGUGUCUGGCUGCUCCACGAGAGCCUGCUUUACUCUAGGGUGAGUGGCUGUGGAUUUUUCUGCACAGUGUUUUCGUAAAGAUUAUAGGAUCCUCUUGCCCUCACGUCUUUUUUUUUUUUUUUUUUUUUUUUAAAGCUAAGCUGUAAUUUUAGUGAGCUACCCCUUUAAAAAAGGUGAAGUCUUUCUAAACAGGGUUCAAAGAUGAGAGCUGAAAAAUCGUGGCCUUAACAACUGAAAGCUUUACCAGUAUUCAUGCUACUCAGGUGUCAGGUGUGCACUUUGGCAGCUUGACACCUCCUAGGUCUCCUCCUCUCAUCUUGCUAUGUCCUGUCUGUGGAGUCCUCAGUCACUCUGCCCCUAGGGAGUGGUGGAGGAAAUGCACUUUGAUUGUGCUGCACUUUUUAUAUAGCUGCAUUAUUGGCAAUUCCAAUUUAAAAAUCCAUAUUCAAAAAUACCCUCACACAUUCAUGCAUCAGUGAUUCUAAUGAUCAACUUUGGACCUCAGCUCACACUAAGUCUUAAAAGAAAAACUCCUGCAGAAUGUCAUUUGGAGCAAGAGAGUUAGUUACACAGGCCAAGUGAUGAGAAGGGGAAUCUUCAGCCUCAGGCUGGCAGGUCCCAUCUCCUUGACAUGAAUACUUCCUGUUGAAACCUUUCCUAGUUAUGCUGUGAGUGCUGUUGGUCCCAGGUUCCAGGUCCAGUUCUGUGUGGCUUGCCCUGCCCUAUAAGAGCCGACGGCCCUGGCCAAGCGUGUGUAACCCAGUAUUGGAAGGCUCUGGUUUGUAUGCUGAACAAGGCCCCCAGAGCUUAUUGGGCUUUAGUCGCUGCUAGUACAUAUAUUAACCCUGAGGUGUUAAACUUCUUUUCUUUUGAAGGUUUGGCCAGUUUUUUUAAAAAAUGAAUAUAUAAACUUUUACCACUGCUUAAGCAAAAAAAAAAACUGAGAUGAACAAUAUGUGUUGUACAGUUAACACUCAGAGAUUAACAAUCUUAAUCAUAUAUGAUUUUUUUCAGACUUUUAAUUACCACUACAUUUUUUUUCCAUUAAUGAAGUAUGGAUAUAUGUGUAAAAGGGACUAAAUUUUUUUUUGCAACAGCCUGUUUUUUUUUGUUGUUUGUUUGUUUUGGAUAGUGGUAUGUCCUCUAUGUUGCUGUAGAUUUAUAUAUUAUGUUGCCUAAAUAUGUUUGUAAAAUGAACUGAUAAUCCAGAGUGCUACUUGUUUUUUUAAUAUUUCUGUGAUUUAUAAGAUAUAUCUGCUUUCUAUGUUAAUAUGAGCUCGUGCACAAUGUUUAAAAGAAAAAAUGAACUAGAAGAGUUGGGGAACUAAAAGUCUGUGACAUAGUUGACAUAGAAUUUUUAUAGAAAAACGAGUUUUGGCAAACACUUGACCAUGUGAGGCAUGUGGUCAGUUUCCAUUUUCUGUUGCCUGAAAAGGGCCACGAAGAAAUAGGGCUUAGUUAGUUGAUUCUUUAAUUAGAAAGUAAGAUGAUCAUGCUUCAGUAUGAGUUGAGGUGGUCAGUACUUUUAUCCUUGUUCUUUUAACAUUCAUGGCGGAGAGAGGAGGAUGGGAAUUCAAUCAGGGAUAAGGCUGAUUAUCUUUCCCCUGCCCUGCCAUACCAAUUUCAACAACAGUCUUGCCUCUAAUUACACUUAAAAUCAUGUUGAAAAUAUGCUGAGUCACAUUUCUGUUUCUUUACAGAGUCCAGAGAUACCUAUAGUACUGAGUAGCCAUGGGUUAGGGGAACAUUUGUGAGUUCUGCAUUGGCUUCAGGGUGCGUUCUUGUAGAUCUAGAAAAAGCACUUUGUGAUGGUCUUAGGAAAUCUCCCUGACCAUGCUGAUGCUUCCUAAGACAUACUCAACAGGUUCCUUGAGUGUUGGCUGCCCUGUUGGGUCCGCCCCAUACACUGCCCUGGCUGGGACUUUAUACACUCAGUCCCCUUUGUGCUCUCCAAGCUUAUAAGACUUGACUACAGAACUGCUUAGCCGUUCUUGUUAAAUUUUAAUCCAUAGCUUAAAUACUAGGAGCAAAACUCAAUUUUAUUCAUUCAGAAAGUUGCCAAUUGUGAAUGGGUAGAACAGGAAGAAUAAACUUUACUGAAAAUAUAAUUUGCUGCAUCAGUCAACAUUGUUAUGCUGAAUUAGCUUUUUAACUGCCUCUUGCUCAUCACCAGAUUUAUUAUAUAGUCUAUUCUUAAGUUUUUUUUAAAGACGAAGGUACAAACCAUGUGCUAUAUGUAAAUCAAAUGGCUAAAACUAACUUGCUAUGAUCCUCUAACAAGAAUUUCCCACAAACUUAAGUGCCUACACGUAGGACUUUUUAAUUUUCAGUUAUCCUUUUAGUGAUGUCUCAAUGAUGUGUUAGAACAUGUGUUCCAUUUGGAGUUUGUUGCCUGUGCACUGUCAACCCCAAUUACCAGUUUAGUUGAGGCUGGAUUAGAUUGCUCAAUUCACCUGCCAUAUUCUCUCCAGGAGUGGGGUCCCUGUGACCAUUAGUCCUCUACCUCAGAGCCCUGAGUCAUUUCCGAUCAUCCUGUUCAGCUUCCUCACUCUUCUCCCUGAAUGGGGUGCCUGCAUGGAGCUCAGUGUGCCUGUGGGUUCACCACCAUUCCCAAUUCAUGCCUCGCCCCCCAAUGUAUUGAAGGGUGUUGUGCUAAUCUUGACCGUAGGCAUGAAAUGGAGGGAAAGUCUUAGGAGGGGGAGAACCUUGAUCUCCAUUUAGGUUUCUUUAAUCUAGAGAAAAAGAAUACUGUUGAAUUAUGUAAUGCUUAGACUUGAAAGGCAAACUAACUACCCAGGUGACAAUAGCCUGAGCAAGUAAAUGUAACUUCCAUGAACAGACCCACUCGGAGCUUGCAGGUUGAGACUGAAGGAGCUCCUGAAACAAGCUUUCUUCCAGGACCUGGGAUUGUUUCUCCCAGGACAAACUGCAGAAGAUCUGGGCAUAGGGCUGCAAACCUAGUCCCUCCUAAUCUGAAACACCGAAGCACCCCAACCUUAGCUGGGGAGAGGAGGAAGCAGAGGGGAAACAACUUUGUAAAGAGGUUUGGAAGCCACAUUCUCACUUUGUGGAAAUAAUUUUGUAAGGAGCUGAUUGACAAGAUAUAAACUAAACACAUUAAAUUCCCAGAAGUAUCA